AAUUAUAUUUUUUUGUAAUUAUGUCUUGUUUUCACUAUUUUCCAGUAGAAAUUGGUAAUAUAAAUUAUUUUUAAAUAUAUUCCCAACGUAAAAAACGGCCAUCCUAAAAUAAAACACAAAACUUCACAAACAAAAAUCAUGGAUAUGAAGGGGAUUACAAUUGCCGUAUCAAAAGGCAUCAUAGAUAGUUUUAAGGGCAUGAUAGCUAUAUUUUACUUGGACAAGGAAAUAAAUAAACGAGCACAAACUAGGCAUAACAAGCAAAAACACGAAGAAUCCAAAGUAGUCCACAAUGUAAUUCAAUGCGCCUUAUUAAACGGAGGAGUAUUUUUACUAAGCGUACUAUUAUUCGAAUACGUUUUACUUCCUAGCAUAGAUGCCAUAUUUAGAACGAUGUUUGGAGCUGAAUCAUUCGUAACAAACGUAGUCUGGUCUUGGGUGAAAUUUUUCAUAUUGAAAAUUUAUCAAACCGCUUGGCUGGUUCCACUGUUUUUACUUAGCAAAGUCAUCAACGCGCUCUGGUUCCAGGAUAUUGCUGAUUCUGCAUACCGAUACAGUCGUGGACGUCCAGUCUCCUUUUCAAGCAUCAGCAUGUUUUUCGCAGAUUCAAUAUUCAGCAUAGUGGUCCAAUGCUUGUUCUUAAUUCAAGCCACCCUCACAAGCUAUAUACCAAUUUACCCGUUAGGAUAUAUGUUGUAUACAGUUCAAGUGGCAUUAUUAUAUUCGCUAUAUUCUUUUGAAUAUAAGUGGUGUAAUAUGGGCUGGGAAUUACACAAGAGGCUCUCUUUUAUUGAGGAAAACUGGCCUUAUUUCAUUGGGUUCGGUUUGCCUUUGGCUAUAUUUACAAAUAUAUGGGAUUCAUGGGUGAUAGGUGGCUGUGUAUUUUCAAUUCUAUUUCCUUUGUUUAUUAUUAGUGGAAAUGAAGCUAGUCCUGUAAUGGGUGCAAGUGAAUAUCAUCUACAAAUGUUCUCUCUAGUAAUAGCUGUAGCAAAUACAUUAUUCAGUAGGACGAUUGGCCAAGCAGUAGCAGUGCACUGACACAGGGAAAGACCAAAAAAUUCGACAGCUUAUUGUUGAUAAUAAGACUUGACUUAAUUUUUUGUAAAUAUAUUAUACAAAUAUGUAAACGGGGGACUUGUUUGAUAUUAUUCUUGGUUUGUACAAUUUUUAAAUUAUAUUUUCUUGUUUUUAUUUCUAUUUGUAAAAUAAACUUUUUUUUGAAUACAA